AUUAGGCAGCGUAAUUAACCGCAGCCAACUAAAUUAAUUAUUUUCCCCGCCUGCGAGCUGGUGUGCGUGUAUGUGAGUGUUGUUUUUGCCCUUGGCGAAGGCAAAUAGUGCUGCCCUCCUCUUGCACAGAUGACCUAAACGGCCAUUUUUGGCCAGCGCUGCCAGACAGCCGAGCAGGGUGCAAUCGCGGCGCAGUGGCAACACCAAGCGUUUGCGCGAGAGAAAUUUCCAAGCAUUUUCGGGGGAAAGGAAAAUACGUUUUAAGGCCCUCGGUGAGCGGUAAAAGCCGUCGAAAUAGCGAUAGUGCAGUGAGUGAUAAAGCCGCCAACCGAAAAGUGAGUGUGUGCGCGGAUGAGGUAAUUCCCGAUUCCCAUUCCGAUUGCGUGCGUCUCCAAGUUUCACGCCCAUUCGCCGCCGACUUCAUUUGCUCCGUAAUCACCGAUUCAUCAAUGAGAUGCUGGUUUUGGCUAAUAUCGCGGUUCGUGCGCGUGUUGUUUACCAAUUGCCAAGUGCCUAGUACCAAUCGAAGGGCCCCAACAUAAUUGUUGACUUUGCACCUUGCAAAUCGCCCAGUUUCGCCGAGAUUUGGCCAAAUUAACAGGGCGCUUGUGGGCCAGAGAGGGGGCGGUAGGGGCUUUUUAAGCCCAGAGACCAGCUCACAGACACCACGACAGCCGAGGCGCACACGCACGCACACACGCGCACUGCGCUCUUUUGUCUACGUCUUUGACUUUUUCUCGUUUGUAAUCAUUUUCCUCCCAUUCGUACGUGUUUUUUCUACAAAUAUUAGAGCUCGCGAGCUGCUAAUUAAAUUAUAAAACAUACAGAACAAAGAAGCGCUAAAGACGGGGCCAGAACCAAGCCCACAAUCCCCGCUUUUUGGCCUAUUUCGCUAAGAAAAGAGAAGGAAUCUGGGGAGAGAGUGCUGCGAAGCAGCUUUCUCCAAAUCUAGUUUGCCUGCUUGGACUCUCGCCCAGGAGCUCACUAUGUAGACUCACUCGACCCAAGAAAUCAUCGUCUCGUCGUCACCAGGGGAAAUCUACGAGCAGCCAACAUGUCUUUUAUCACCAACCUGAAGAAGGUCUUCCACCUCGGCGGGGGUGAGGCCAAGAAGAAGCGCCUGUACAACAACAUCAAGAUGGACACGGACCCGGAGGAGUUCUGGGAAAUGGUGGGGGAACUGGGCGACGGGGCCUUCGGCAAGGUCUACAAGGCCCAGCACAAGGAGCACAAGCGCUACGCCGCCGCCAAGAUGUGCCAGCUGGAGGACGAGGAGAACCUCAGCGAUCACAUGGUCGAGAUCGACAUCCUCUCGGAGAUCAAGCACCCUAACGUAGUGGAGCUGUAUGAGGCCUUCUCCCUCGACGACAAGCUGUGGAUGCUCAUCGAGUACUGCGACGGCGGAGCCCUGGACAGCAUCAUGGUGGAGCUGGAGAAGCCCCUGACUGAGCCGCAGAUUGCCUACGUUUGCAAACACAUGACCGAGGGUCUCACCUUCCUGCACCGCAACAAAGUCAUCCAUCGCGAUUUGAAGGCAGGAAACGUGCUGCUCACCAUGGAAGGUGGCGUUAAGUUGGCGGACUUUGGUGUUUCGGCCAAGAACAAGCACACCAUGCAAAAGCACGACACCUUCAUCGGCACUCCGUACUGGAUGGCCCCGGAGCUGGUGCUCUGCGAAACGUUCCGGGACAACCCGUACGAUCACAAAGUGGACAUCUGGUCACUGGGCAUCACGCUCAUCGAGCUGGCCCAGAUGGAGCCGCCCAACAGCGAGAUGUCGCCCAUGCGAGUCCUGCUCAAGAUCCAAAAGAGCGAGCCGCCCAAGCUGGAGCAGCCAUCUAGGUGGAGCAAGGAGUUCAACGACUUCCUCAAGAAGUCCUUAGUCAAGGAUCCCCAGGUUAGGCCCACGACGGAUGUGCUGAUGCAGCAUGGCUUCAUCAACCGGAAUUUGGACUCGAAGCCCAUUAAGGAUCUGCUGCUCGAGUACAAGGCCGAGGUCGUGGAGGAGGUGGUGGACGAUGAGACCGAGGAACCCCGCAACUCGGCGCUCCAGCUCGACCUGGACGAUGACUCUGCUUCGCUGCAGAGCCAAGACAUUGACAAACUUCCAGGUACACCUACAUCCAUUUUGCGGGAUGCCAAAGAGCAGUCCCAACCAAGUAGCAGUUUACCAAUCGCAGCAGCGGCAACUGCAGCAGCAGCAGCAGCAGCUACAACCACAACUAAAGCCACCACUCCGGACAGACCAAACCACACAAAGGAUGACAAUGCUGAAGCGGCAGCCCAGCAGCCGCCGCAUACCAAAGUGCCUGCUCCAGCGCCGCCGUCGUCCCAAACAACGCCACCACCGCAAGUCCAGCAGCCACCUACACCACCAGCCCAAACCACAGCGGCCGUGCUGCAAAAGAAACCCGAAGAUGUGGCAGCUGUUGCAGAAGCAGCCGAAAAAACCGAGUCCGACAAGAAGCACUUUGUCAAAAAGGAAAAGGGAAAAGCCCCGCCCCCACCGUCUCCAUUGGGCCUUGUUAAUGCCAAGCCGCCUUCCAGCGAUUCCCAGACAUCUCCCAAAAAGCUGGCCACGCCCGAACCCGCAUCCCCGGUCACCACAGCCAUUGAGGUGGCCAUUGGCCAAGAGGCAUCGGAGCCAAAGCCGCAGCCGCCCUCGCCCACAGCAUCCUCCAUUGUGUCCGUGCAAUCGGUGGCCUCCUCCAGCUCCUCGGGCAGUGUUUCCAACGCUGUCCUCAGUUCGAGUACUUCCCUGAUCACCAUAAACAGCGAUCCACCCACACCGCAGCAUCAUCAACCGCUGCCACCAACACAAGCGCAGCACUUGGUGCUGCCGAACAGUUUGGAGUCGGUGAGUCAGAUUACUGUGGUGACCAGCACCCAUCCGCCGGUGAUCAUCGACAACUCGGUGGUUCCGCCGCAGAACGAGGUGAUCAUCGUGUCCAACGAUCUGAAUAAGAGCACUCACCUGCACGAGUCCUCGACGGACGACGACUUCCCCUCGCUGGACGACAGCUUGGGCGAUGCCAGUACGCCGCCCCACAAGCAAUCCUCAAUGAUAUUGGCUGUUAAUGAGCCAGCGGGAAUAGUUCCUGCUCCUCCGCCGCAGCCGCAAAAUGCUUCCACCGUUCACGCACGCAAGCUGGACGAAAGUGAGGUGUUGAUUGUGAGUCCCUCCUACGCGGAUGAUGACUCCGCUUAUAACACAGCGUCAGGCAGUCACAGUCACGACCACAGCGACCAUCUGAUGGACACGAGCCACGUGUCAGUGGUUACCGUGGGCGAUGAGGUGGUCAAGGUGAAGGAUAGCAGCAAUGAGCUGGGCAAGCGCCAGCCCAACGGAGUCGGCAUUGUGCCCGAGGAUGUGAACAUCAUUGUCAACAGAUUUAAGCACGAUAAGCGAUCGCCCGACAGCUCGCUGAGCGAGAAUGGCUCGGUGCGCGGACGCCGGGGCAUCGAGGUGCUGGUUGGCGGCAGCGGCGGAUCCGACGUGGACAGCAUUGGCACCAACACUAGUCAAGACAGCCGGCACGAGACGGAUCACAAUAACAAGCAGCAGCCUCCAGCGGCUGUGCUAAUGCCUCCACCGCCUCCGUCGGUGACGAAUCACCUUAAUCAUGAGACCAUCGACGAGGAGGAGGAGGUAGUGAUUCGGCCUAAGGCGAGGGUACCGCCCGUGGUCAAGGGAGUCAAUGCGCAAGGCCUCACCAAGGAGGAGAUUGAGCUGCGCAAUCUGCGCAAGAAGACACGCAAGCGCACCCGCAAAUUCGAGAUCGAUGGCGUGCAGAUGACCACCACCACAAGUCGGGUGAUCUACGGUGACGAUGAGAACGGACGAAUCUACGAUGACCACGACUUCCGCAAGCAGGAGCUGCGCGAACUGAAGAUGCUGCAGAAGCAGGAAAAGAAACAGCAGACCGAACUGUACCUAAAGGAACAGCAGGCGAAGGAGCAGCAGGAUCGACGCUUUGAGCAGGAGCGAUCAUCGCUGGAAAAGACCUACGAGGCGGACAUGGAUAUGUUGGCGCGCCAGCACAAGCAACUAGUAGAAAAGACAGAGCAGACGCAGGAGAACGAGCUGCGCUCCUCAUCAAAGCGCAUUCGCUCCGAGCAAGAGCAGGAGCUGAAGAUCUUCCGCGAGAACCUCAAGCAAGAGAUCCGACUGCUUAAGCAGGAGGUGGACCUAUUCCCCAAGGACAAACGCAAGGACGAGUUCAAGCAGCGCCGCUCGGCCAUGGAACUGGAUCACGAGGAGAAGGAGCGCGCCUUCCUCGAUUCCUUGAAGGAGAGGCAUGAACUUCUGUUAAGACGACUUAGCGAGAAGCAUCGUGACCAUCUGGCCACCAUCAACCGCAACUUCCUGCAGCAGAAGCAGAACGCGAUGAGAACGCGGGAAGCACUUCUCUGGGAGUUGGAGGAGAAGCAGCUGCACGAACGCCAUCAGCUUUCGAAGCGGCAUGUAAAGGAACUCUGCUUCAUGCAACGCCACCAGAUGAUCAUUCGGCACGAGAAGGAGCUUGAUCAGGUGAAACGCAUGCUGCAGCGCAAGGAGGAGGACAUGGUCAAGAAGCAAACGAUGGAGAAGAGAGCGCUACCCAAGCGAAUCCGAGCAGAGCGCAAGGCACGAGACCUUAUGUUCCGAGAAUCCCUACGUAUUUCCACAAACCUAGAUCCGGAAAUAGAACGCGAUCGAUUGAAGAAGUUCCAGGAGCAGGAGAAGAAGCGCUACAUGCAAGAGGAGCGACGAUUCGAGGUUAAGCAUCAAAAGCAGUUGGAGGAGCUAAGGGCCACACGCGAAAGCGCCAUUAAGGAGCUGGAGCAACUUCAGAACGAGAAGCGAAGGGCUCUGGUGGAGCACGAGCAAUCCAAGCUAUCGGAGAUCGAUGAGCGACUAAAGGGGGAGCUGCGCGAGUGGCGCGAACAGUUGGUGCCCCGCAAACAGGAGCUGAACCGACUGAUCAAGCUAGCCAUCGAUCAGCAUGAGAAGCGUUUUGGACUGGUGGCCAACAGGGAGGAGUUCGAGGACCAGGAGGUGGAGCUGCCCGUGCGCCUGCGCAACAUCUACAACGAGCGAACCUCGCGCAUACUGCCCCGCAACGUCUUCAUCGAUCCCCAGCACAUGCCCCGCUCCCGCUCCUCGCUCCUGAUGAUGGGCGGCAGCGGCAGCCGGCUGUCCAACUUCCGUGGAUCGGCUCCAGAUCUUAGCCAAAGCGUGCCCAGUACUCCCAUUAUGCACAAACAACAGCGAUCGCAGAUGAUCAGCGAUCUGGUGCUGGAGGAGGACGAGGAGCAUUUGCUGAGCGAACAGAUGAAGCGGGCCAGCGUCACCACGCUACCGGCACAGAACCAACUGCGCCUGAUCACACAGCUCCCGCAAAACGAGCUGGUCAAGGUGGUGACCUCCACUCCGCCACUGAACAGUGCGGAGGAUGUAAAUGACAAGCCAGCCAUGAGCACCUUUAGGGGGGGCAGUGCGUCGCCCAAAACUCCAGAUGAGCUGGGCUUGGUCACCAACCGAUUCAGCCGCUUGGAUGCCAAGGCAGCAGCCGAGGCCAACAACGUCGAGUUGCGCAUUCACGAGGGACCCGUGCUAACGGCCCACACGCAGCGUCUGCUGCACACCACGUCGUUUGCGAUCAAGCGACCCUCCCUGGCCAGCCGGAGCAGCGGCAGAUCCUCGCUGAGCAGUGCCCAGUCGAUGUACAACAUAAACGAGCUGUCCACGCGGUUCGCCAGUGAUGCAGACCUGGUUUUCGACUCCGGGCGCAAGGCAGCCGCACUGCUGGACGAAGUGCAGCCGCAGCUGAGGUCGUCCGUAAAGCCCGGACACAGUCGCCUCAACGGAAGCGUGGCGUCGGCGGACUCGGCCGCCUCCUCCGAAGACUUCUACUACGAUCUGUAUGCGGCCAAGUACAGAUUGCCGAGGCAACUACAGCAGCGGCUGCAACAAGAGGUUAGUCCUUUGAUCUAUCCCCAGUGUGCUUCCCAACUGUACGAUACGGUUCGAUGCCCGCGCCUGGAGGAGACCUUCGCCCAGCAGCUGGACGAAAUGGAGACCCUGUACGGCGGAGCCCUGAUUGUGUCCAUGCCCUCGGACACCCUGCAGCGAGAUCACUUCACCGGCUCGACGCGCAGCAGCCUGAGUUCGUAUUCCGAGGGCUGAGUGCUGGGGGCCAAGAACAUGAUGCCGGACGGGACGGAAGGCCAGCCUGUCGAACCGGCGAACAAAGGAACUGCAGCGGCAGCAGCUAUGACAGCUUUGCAGAACGUAACAAAACAAUUGUCAGCCAUCCAUUAAGGCUUCCGCCAGAGAUUGAGCGCCUCUGCCUCUGCCUUUGCUUAUAUAUAGAGAGUAUAUACUUUAGAUGGACUUGUAUGAAUGUAAGUCGACUUGUAAGCCAAGCAGCGCGUCGGGUCAAGCCUAAGUUUUUUGUGUCGUAAAAACGUAUGCUUAAGUUUAAUUUUAUCACAUUUCAGUGUAUGUUAGCCUAUUGUUCUAUUACUAUUAUUGUACAUGUCUAUCGAUCUGUCGAAAAUCCAAUGCGUUAAAUACCAUAUCUACGAGUAUACAUGUCCUCAUGUAUAUACAUAUACCUAUCUUACAUGUCCACGAACCGUCAAGAGCAGAACUAAAUUUACUUAAUAUUUAUCUAUGUUUAACACAACACACACACUCCCGUAAACAGAAGGACAAACAUACGUACGCCAAACAAAUCUUUUUUGUUGACCUUAUUGCUAUUGUAAAUAUAUCUAUAAAUAUUUGUAUCUUAACUAUGCAACUAACAAACACACACUUAGCGACAGAGAGACACAUCUGCGGGAAAGUUUAGCAAAAGUUAAUAUGUGGCAACAGGAGAAGUCUGUAAGAUGUUGGGAUUCCAAGAGACAAAUUGUGUAAGCGCUCGAGUUUCGAGUUGCAGACGAACGUAGAUAUGCAGAUGGAUAAUGAGAGGCCGUCGGGUAACGAUAAAAGAUAUUUAUAUUUGUACAAGUUUAUGCUUAUAUAUUUUAUAUAAAUAUAUAUAUAUAUUAUAUUUAAAAUUAAACAAAAAGAAUAUUCAACAAAAAAAUAUUAAAAAGAAUAGAAAAAUUACAA